AUGCUAAAACGUGUAUCAAUUUUCAAUAUUAUUAUAUUUUGUGUACACUCAACAACAACAACAACAACACAUCUCACUUUCUUGGCUAUCCUAUCUAAUAAUAAUCCAUCUUCAUCUUAUCACCUUAAAUUACUUUUCAACUCGAUGAUGAACUACGUCCUGAAUAACAAUAACCAACAACAACAACAGCAACAACAACAACAACAACAGAAUUUGCAAAACGCCAAUAACAAUAAUAACGCGAACAACGCCGGUGCCAGCGCCAAUGGAAAUAACACUAUAAAUAAUAACAAUAACAACAAUCACCAACAACAACAACAACAACAAACAAUAAAUGUGAAUAUGAAUAACAACAACAACAAUAAUUUAAAUGUAAAUAAUAACAACAAUAUCAACCUCACUCAUGUUGCUCAAGGAAGUUCAAACAUCAGCACAAACAACACUGCCCAUCCACUCGUCAAGGAUCCAAUGUCCGAGGAUUUCAAUGAACCAAGUAGAGGUUCAAAGACUGUUGAAAUCUGUAACUUUACUUCCUUUAAAGAGAGUUUCUACACUCCUAUAUUCAACUUGUGUGGUGCUAAUUGGCGACUUUUAAUAUUCCCCGAAGGAAAUAAUAGUCCUGGAAAUAUAUCGAUAUUCCUUGACUAUUAUGAUAUUGGAAUUAAUCCAUUAUACGAAAAGGAAGCCGGUUUAACAUUAACUUUAAUAAAUCAACUUGAUUCAAAGAAGAACGUCAAGAAAUCAUCUAAUCAUAAAUUCUCAUUCAAAGGUGUGAAUUGGGGAUUUGUUAGUUUCUUAAAUCUUCAGAUAUUGCUGAAACCAGAGAAUGGAUUCUUGAUACAAGACAAGUUGAAAAUUAAAGUUGAAAUACAAUCACCACUUACCAUCGAUAAUUCAGAUCCACUCCAUAUGGUCGAUUUUCAUAUAGCCUCACCAACUUUUCGCAUCACUAUGAAAACUUUUAUUCGCCGACCUACUAUGUGUGCGGAUCCAACUGGCGAAUCUACAUAUUCCCGAAUGGAUACUCCUCACCCAACUACUUCUCGGUCUAUCUGGACCUUCUGGAUUUUUGAGAUUGAAUCAAAUCUAGGUAAUCCGGAUUGUGGAAAAUUCUCUUUCCACGCCAAAAAGAAUCCAAAUACUGAUCUUAUAUUCUCGCCAACCUAUCAUAUAGCCGGAAGUAACUGGCAACUUGUCAGCUAUCCAUUAGAGAAUCUCACCGAUUAUUUCUCCAUCUAUUUGGAUCUUGUAGAUAUCAAAACCAAACCACUCUUAAGAAAUUGGUUAUUCCAAAAGUUUAUGAAGAACCAAACUUUGAUGGACCAUAAGCUCGGUUUCAUCAAGAACGACAUUAUCAUUAUCAACGUUGAAUUGAUUGCAAUUUCAUCCGACUUUUUAAAACCAAUUCCAUUCAAUCACGAACAAUCCGUUGUGGAGGUACCACGACCCGUCACCUACAACUACAAUUUUAUUGAUGAGAACACACAGAACAACAAACUUGAAGAGGUCUCUGGUAGUUUCUCCUAUGACAUUCAAAACUUCUCCACUCUUGAAAAGAGUUUCUACUCGCCCAUAUUCACUCUUAACAGCACCAGCUGGAGAUUCUAUAUAUUCCCCAAGGAUUACGUAGAUCCCAAAGCGAAACCAAAGAUAAGGCAAUACAUUUGUUUUGUCCUUGAAGUUGUAAAUAAGAAAAAUCCAACAAAAUCUGAAAAGAAAUAUUCAUUCCAUACAUUCUGUUAUAGUAGUGUUAAUUGGGGAUUCAAGAAGUUCAUUUCUCUUGAGAAUGUCAAAGAUCCAACUGCUGGGUUCAUUGAUAACGAUACAAUCACUGUCAAAGUUACAAUAUUUUUCUUGGCUCAAAGUAACUUGGACACUAACCAUUUGCUUUCUUAUUCACAUGAAAAGUCAAAACAUAUUCAGUUAUAUAGUAAUAAUAAAGAUGAGACUAUCACUACAGAGACUCUGAAGAAACAGAAAGCAGAGGAAGAAGCCUACUACUAUCAUACGAUCAAGUUGACAAUGGAUUCAGAUUUUGAAAAGGGUUCAUCGUUUGACUUGCUCGACUUCUCUAAUCAUCAGCCCAUAAAGAUUAGAAAGACCUCGACCUUGCUAGAGUUGAAGCUUCAGAUUCAAAUGAUCUAUGGCAUUUCAUUUGAGCGUCAGAGAAUUUGGUUCUGGGAUCAAACACAGAAUCAAACGAAACCUUCAAAGAUCAGCAGAUGUCCAAUCAUUCUCGAUGAUGAAGAUAUCUUCAAUCAAUACACCACUCACUAUGGUCAGGUUGAAAUGAGAUUCCAUUUGGAAGUAUCAAAUUCACCAUUACCAAAUGAUAAGAAUCUAUUCUUUGAUCCAAUUCAAACAGAUAAUGCUUUGGUAUUCUUCAAGUAUUAUGAUCCAAAUAAGCAGUCGAUAGAGUACAUUACCUCUAAAGUUUGUCCUACCAACUAUCCAAUUUCCUAUUUGAUACCAUUCUUGAAUCAAAAGCUUGGUUUUCACCCAAAUACACCACUCCUACUCUUUGGUGAGCUUUCUUUAAAUCUUAUUUAUCAAUUGGAUCCAAAUCGUACUCUUAAAUCGUUUGAAGUCAAUCAUGGUGAUAUUAUUUAUUGUCAGCAAAUUCAACUUUUAAGAGGAAAAGCACAAUUACCAUUUGUUCCAGAUUAUUUCAAUUUUAUUUUCAACAAGAUUAUUGUUACAUUCCAGCUUACUAACUAUAAGAAUUUGAAUAAUGAAAAUCCACUCACUUUCAAGUUGGAGAUUCUAAAAGGAAUGAAACAUGCAGAUAUCGUUAGACGUAUAGCAGAGUUAAUACAGACAUUCCCACAGAAUAUUAAUCUCUACUCUUCGCCCAACAAUCAAUCUUAUUCUAUCAGUAACCUCAAACUUAUCGUUCCAAGCGAUAAACCAAUCUACGAUAUGCUCAACGCGCAACAAAGAAAAUUGGAUCUAAUCCACAUUGAAGUUAAGGAGACCUAUCUUCCAAUUAAUUAUCUUUCAAAUGCAAAAGACAAUUGUGAUUUUUUAGUCUUGGAAAUAAAAGAAAAUGAAAAUCACUAUUUAUUUUUUACCAUCAAAUACAAAGAUGAACCAAAAAUUAUUUAUUUAUUUUAUAUUAUUACAGCAGAACCACUUUCUAGACCAACAGCAGAUUUGUUAAAUUCCACAGCCACUACUCUGACAAUUCUUGUUAAUUCCACAGGAGGAACACCUAACGUUGCCACUCUCUAUAAUGUUACUACUUAUGGAAAGAUCUAUUGUACUUCAACAUCCAAUAUUUGUAAAAUCAUCGGAUUGGAGCCAUCAACUUUAGUUAUUCUCACAGUCACUGCUACCAACAGUGGUCAAAUACAAAUUGGUAGUGGAGCAUUCAGAACUUUGAGUGCCUAUACCAUAGUUUCACUCAAUUCCUAUGACCUUUCUCUGCCGAAUAUCAAUGUUUUAAAUCUACUCUACCACACUCUAUGGGAAGUUCCAGGAUUGGUGACCUAUACCAUGAGAGUCAACGAUACAAUAAUACCGCUUUGCACCUCAGUAUCCAACCCAGGUUUCUGCUACCAAUAUCCUAAACCAUCGGAUAAAGGAUAUUUUCAAAUCAUCAAUUUGCAACCGAGUACCAUUUACCUUGUUAAUAUCACCGGUGAUAGCGAAGGAACUGUUAGUUCAAAGUCAAAGAUUUUCCAGACAUUGGAGCCAAUCAAAGUGACUUUUAUUUAUUCUCAAAAAGAAACCAAUCAUAGUCUUGAAGUUGGUUACAGUACCAACUUUCCUCGUUUCAGUAGUGACAUUCGUUUUACAGUAUUUUUAAAUAACAGCGUGGUUGUUCCAUGUUCAAAUUUUGUAAAUACAACAUGUUUAAUUGACAACUUGACACGUGAAACUGCCUAUGAAGUAAAGGUCGUUGCCACUCUACAGAAUACCGAGAGUACAUUGUCUGACGUUUUCCUAACAACACCAAAUCCAGUUGUUAUCAUUUCAUAUGCUGAGUUUAGUAAAACAACCAAGUUAAUCAAUGUAACCUAUGAUGCCACCCAUCAAUAUGAAAAUAUAGUAAAGACCUAUAGUCUAUCAUUGAAUGGAAAUGCAGUCCAAGGUUGCCAGCAGAUUAAACAAAAUUAUUGUACAAUCGGUGUAUUACCAAAUACCACAUACUAUGUACAACUAACAGCUUUUGCAGAUGGAACCAACGCCACUCAAAAUGAAUAUGUUACAACUUAUCCAUCGGUUACAGAACCAAUUAUCUAUGUAACCACUGCCAAUAAGUCAUUGUGGAUUCAAUUUAAAUCUGAUAAUGGGGUUCCAUUGCAGUCACUCUACAAUGUAUCGGUAGAUGGCGUUCUUGUUCCCUCAUGUAUCAAUACUAAUCUUAGGGAAUGCUGGUACCCAGGAUAUAUAGUUACAAACAUGUACAAAAUUGAUGUUAGUGUUUCCAAUGAUGGAACUUUAAAGAGCUCAUCAACUAAAUUCAGUCCAACCAGUGCCAAUAUUUCAACAACAGGAUUAAAUGAAGGUUCAAAGUUGAAACAAUUUUCAUAUGCAAUCUUUGUAUUAUUAUUAAUAUUACAAUUUUUAUUAUAA